AUGCCAACAAAAAGGGAAUCUGACGACAUUGCCCAGCUUGUCAUCGACAAGCUCGAGAAAAGUAGUCAAUUAAAAAAGUUUGUACAAGAUGCGGUUACGGAGGCAAUGUCUGCAAUCAUCACCCGGCUAGAGAUGCAGGAGGGCCGGAUCAUGGAGCUUGAGGGGAGGAUAAAGGCCCAGGAGUCGGAGGUACAGCUACAUAAGGAGGCGGAAAAGAAAUCUGUGGAAAAGAUGGCAGUCUUGGAGCAAAGAAUUGAUGACCUGGAGCAAAAAUCCAGGUCACGCAACAUCAGGAUCCAAGGAGUUCCAGAGGUGAAAGAUGAAGAUCCAGAGGAGGCUGUCAUUGACAUUGGCAGGAGGAUGGGGGUCCACGUGACUUCAUCCGACUUUGUCCGAUGUCAUCGACUGGGUCCUCUAGUAGACAAAGGAGCAAGAAGAAGUUCUCCUCGUCAACUGCUAGUGGAGUUUUCCAGCCUCCGCACCCGAGCUCGUAUUAUGGGAGCCAGAUCAAAGUUGAAGGGUUCAAAAAUCUUUGUUAAUGAUGAUCUGACUCCCACAAGACAGAAGCUAAUUUUCAAUAAGUCACCAAGUAAAAGUUGGUCAGCUGAUGCUAUUUCCUUUCUCUUGGAGUCAUUAGUUGAGAAGACUUGUUUGGCUCAUAUAAGGGCAAUUUGCGUGAAAGAUGAGCCAUUAACCGUCGAGUUGACCCUACCCACUGGCGAGAGUGUCGUGAGAUUGAUGCUGAAUAAGGGUUUUGCGGAGCUGCUUGCAGACUGCGAAGAUCUGGAUGAUGGGACUUUGGAUGAUGCGAGCACCAUCACUGACGGGACGUCCACACCGGCGUUUAGCCGAGCUAUGAGUGAAGAUGGUGAAGAUGGUGCUUACUACAAUCCUGAAAUCCCCCGUUCCGUCGUCAACGUCCUCAAGGGCGUGACCGAAGCCGGUGAGAUGGAAGAGGGCGGGGCGAUGAUGGCUGCACCGGGUCAAGCAUUCCAUCCCACAAUGCUCCCUGAUGUCGGGGUAUACUUCUGGGUCACCGUCAGCCAUCUGGAUGAGCCAGACUUACUGUAUAUCCAAUACACUCAAGCCAAUGAAGAUGAUCCUGACCCAAUCAUAGCACAAGCUGCCCAGCAUGCCCUAGAGUCAGAGGAACUUGUCGCUGAACUAGCCAGUAUGGCCCCUCACCUGCCCUUCCUUCUCAACCCGCAACCAGAUAUGCCAUGCUGUGCCCAGUACAGUGUUGACGAGAGAUGGUAUAGGGCAGAAAUCGUUGAAGUAGUCAGAAAAGACAUUAUCAUGUGUCAUGUUAGGUUCGUAGACUAUGGCACGGUGGAGUGGCUAUCCUUAAACAGCAUUCGGCAGCUCCCAGCACAGUUCCUUGAACUACCGUUGCAGUGCCGCCGUUGUCGUCUGACUGGUAUCCAAGUGCCUGCCAAGCUUCCACCAAAAACACCUCUACAGUCAGGUACCCAUUGGCCAGCUGCUGCCAUCAAGAGGGUUGUGGACAUGGUGUCCAACCGAGUCCUUGUAGCAGUCGUAGAGGAGGAUGGUCCGAUACCAAUGAUCAGCCUCUACGAGAGCACCACCCAAGCACUUCCCAUCUACUACUCACUGAUCCUAGAAGGCUUGGCCGAUGGCCCGGCAAACUCAGAAGAGCUGCUAGUCAACGCAGCCUUCAAGGAGGUUGGACUCAUCCUCUCUGCUAGAGAGAAAACAGUCACAGGGGAUACCGGAGCUACAGGGGUUGCAUCAGCAGAUGUCAGCAAGGGUGAUGUGCUACCAGGCGUGUCCAAGGUUGCACCCUCGGGAAUGGAAGAAUGAAGAUGUGAACUGACUUUUGGAAAACAAAAGGAUAACCCACUGAUAGCCUGUGCAACUCUUCAAGAUUCAUAUAAAUUCAGUAGUUUUCUGUGUUGGGAUAACUACCUAAAACCAUAAUGCACUAAUGAUGCAUGAUAUUUUUCUUACCUAUUUCACGCUUUACUUGAAUGUUCCUAAACCAUGAAGCUACCUUAAUUGAGGCUUAGAAAUUCAUAUGGGUAUAUCUGAAGGUUUUCCUUGUUUGUGAACAACAUUGCUAAUAUGAAAACAUUAUCUGAAAAAGAAAUGUCUCUUUCAUUCUUUUCCCUAAUUCCUAACUUGUUUUGUGUAUCUUUAGCAUGUAAACAUUACAAAGAUGGCGUCAUUUUAAUGGUAACAGAAAGUGUGACAAUUGAUUUCUCUCCAAUAUGGAGCAUUCUUUCUGGUAUUAAUGUCACAAUCAUUGUUUUCAGAAAAGAUUAUACUACACAAGGAUUAAACAUUUUGGAAGGGAAACUGGAUAGAUUAGAAUAUGAGGAGAAACAAUAAAAAUAACUCAACAUCGUAUUUGAAAUUUGUUUAAUAAUUUUGUAAUGAUAAGCUAUGUUAUACACAAGUCCAUAAGUAUGAACGUGCCAAAUGGUAUGGGAAUUAUUAUUCCUCUUAAGUUUGAAUAUGAGCUUUUGUUCUGCUGCAGCAUUUGAUUAAAACAAUUUCAUAAGUGAUGAUGGCAAUUGGCAAAUAUAAUUAUUGAUGAUGGACAUGCAUUAAUUGAUCCCUAUUAUGACUUGAGUAUCAUGUUGUAAAUGCUGCCCACUGCUGUUCGAGUGAGUGUUGCAUAUCUCUGUAUGGCUAGAAUGAUGUCUUUCAGUGCAGAAUGGAUUCCCUUCGUAUCCCAUAAAUUAUACAGUUACACCAUCAAAACCAACUCCAGAUGGACUAAACCAGUUAUUAUUUUACCAGUGAGAUGUGAUCUGUCGGAUAUGAGUUGAUUUUGUCGAUAUGACUGGAGCUUAACUCACAUACAAUAAACAUGUUAUUGAUUUCAAUGUAUCUGUUCUGACAUCAAGAAUAUGUAUCUAAUCUUAUUGUCAAUCUUAUCCUUUUGUUAGGGUCAUGCUCUCUAAGAGAAGGAGGGUUUGUUGCAAUUGAUUGAUGGCAUUAAUAUUGAAGAAUCAACCUAUUGAAUUUUAGGGGCAGUAAUUAUCUGAAAGUGCCAAAUGCAAAGGGCAGAAGAUGUGUGUGUUCAUUUCUUUUUUUCCAUGUUUAACUUGCUUUGCCAAGAUGUGCCUCAUUUUAUUUGUAUUACAUUAAGCCAACUGCAGCUUUACCGUCAUAUAAUUCUGUUUAAGUGUACAUAUGUAUUUGCUGAAUGUUUUCCAAAGAAAGAAGGAACUUCAUGUGUCACAAUUAUUAUGAUAGUAUUUGUUGUCCAAGAUGAUGAGGAGGAUAAAACUAGUUGUUCUUAAGACAUGCUUUUUUGUUAAAACUGUAAGAUCCAAAGAUAUGGAUUUUAUUAUUUAUUUUUGUAUUUUAUACAGACAUUGUUUCAGAAUAUACAGAGAUAUGUUUGUUUCAAUCAUUGAUGAUUCAAUGCUAUGUGAACUGCUACUGAUUUUCGAGGAAGCCACAAGUUGCUGGCCUUUAUGAUGGAAAAUAAUUAAACAGUGUUUCAAUUUAAAACUUAA